AUGACAGCCAACAAUGAUCCAAGUAAAAAAGAGUAUCAGGAUGAGGCUCAAUCACAAAACAGUGUAAUCUAUCCGAUUGAAGAUUUAUACGUAGAUGAUCCUAAGAAGAAUACAAAAGUUUAUGAAGUCACCGCUGAGAAAGCUUCUGUGAAAGCGCUAUCAAUUGGUUCAAAUCCAAAAAGUUCAAAAAAGAAACGAGGGAAUUUCUUCUCCUCUUUCGCCGUUCUAUACGCAUUUUCCGAUCGAACUGAUUUCCAGUUGAUGGCUGUUGGCCUCAUUUGUGCGUUGCUCCAAGCUGGAAUUCCACCGUUCGUUUGGCUUGUUAUGGGGAAUUUCGUAUCACUUUCUAUAACACGCGAGGGAGAACGCCUGGUGAAUUCCUCCAUUUUCUCGAAUGGUUCAGCAAUUGAUGAGGAAUUUUCAUCUUCCGCUAUGCCUGCAUUUAUUGCUAUGCUAUCACUUUCUGUUAGCAUGUUCGUCGCUGCUUUUAUACAGAGGUUAGCAUGGGAAGUUUCCGGGAUUCGACAAGUAUUUCGUGUACGUCGAACAUAUGUUCGAAAGAUGCUUCACAUGGAUGUUUCGUGGCUGGAAAGUCGACAUAGUGGUCAAAUGGCAACUAUGCUUCAGGAACAUGCUGAUUCCAUCUACAAUGGGAUCUCUGAUAAUAUCCCUAUGGUGCUCUUCAUUUCAACUUAUUUGGUAGUAAACAUAGCUGUAUGCCUAUAUAUUCAAUGGGAUGUGACACUUUUGAUGUGUUCCGCAAUCCCGAUGCUAAUUCUGAGUAGGAUCUUGUUCAGCAAGUGGUUUUCAAAAACCAUGGAUGAAGAAAUGGUUCUACAAAAUAAGAUCAGUAAUUUGGUAAAUGAGACGUUCAGUUGUAUCCGGACGGUGAUCAGCUUUGCUGCUCAGAAACAAACGAUCAAUAAAUUUGAACGUCUUUCUAUGGAAAGCAAUAAAUUGACAGAAUCACGAUUACGUUCUUCAACUGUUUAUGACAGUCUAACACAGAUUCUCCUAACAGAACUAAUCUUUACUGCUGCUUUAUGUUACGGUAUAUGGAGAGUUGCCGAUCAAUCGCCUGGAAGAUUGGCAGCGCUGGCAAUCAACAUGUUAUACAUGUGUGUCACGUCAAUCUCCAUUGGAUUUCAUAUAAAUGGCGCUUCUACCGCACGACAAAAUGCCGCCCAACUUUGCAAAAUUAUGGAGGAAAAGCCCAAGAUUGAAACAGAUUAUGGAUUUGCUGGCGACAAUCCCCAACAACGUCUUCCAGAUCCAAAAUAUCGUAGGCAGAGUAUGAAAUUUAUGGGAAAAGGAGCUAUUCACUUCCGUGACAUUCAUUUUAGCUAUCCUAGCAGACCUGAUGUUAAGGUUCUUAAAGGGAUUUCAUUUCAAGUCGAAGCGGGUGAGAAAAUUGCACUUGUUGGAUCAAGUGGAUCCGGGAAAAGCACUCUCACAGCACUUCUUUUGAGGUUCUACGAUCCUGACAGUGGAGCGAUUUUUCUCGACGGAGAUAAUCUCAAACAGCUUUGUCCGGAUGAACUACGCGGCAUGUGUUCCUUGGUUUCCCAGGAACCAGUUCUUUUUGAUGGUACCAUUAGCGAUAAUAUACGUUAUGGAAGAUUAGAUGCAACCCAGCAAGAAAUCAAUGAAGCUGCACGAAAAGUAGGAGCAUGGCAGUUUAUCAGUUCAUUACCUGACGGGAUGCAGACCAGAGUCGGUGACAGAGGAUUACAACUAUCUGGAGGACAGAAACAAAGAGUUGCUAUUGCUAGAGCAGUGAUCAGAAAGCCAACCGUAAUGUUAUUUGAUGAGGCAACGUCCGCUUUGGAUAAUAUUCACGAGGAAGAGGUACAAAACGCUAUCGAUCUUGCUUCCGAGGGUCUCACAACGAUUACAAUCGCGCACAGAAUGUCAGCUGUCAAAAAUUGUGAUCGAGUUAUUGUGCUAGAAGAAGGUCGUAUCGUUGAAGAAGGACCACCAGAUGAACUUCUUGCCCAAGAAGGAGGUCGAUUCCAGAAACUUUAUAAUGAUCAACGUAUGGAUAUUUUGGCACAACCACCAACGAAACCGACUUUAACUCCAGCUGCAUCGCUUGCCUUAGGUCAAUACUAUCGGCCGCAUAUUAAUUUUGGUGGUAAUCGAAGAGCCUGGAAUCGUAGUUCUGUUGGAGGAGGAAGCCACAAAAAAGUAGGAAAAUCCUAUUCAGUCCUAAGCCACGAUAGGGAAAAACUUGCACUACCUGUAAUGAGUAAAAAACGAUCACAACGAUUGAAUUAUAAAUAUUCUUCUGUUGGGCGAAUGGAUAUUGAAAUUGACGUGAUCACACCAUUUGAGGAUGAAGAACAUCACCUUACGUUACCAGGAAAAGCGAAUAAUUACCAUGCUGUUUGGCAACUCAUUUCUGGAUAUCGUGAGGGAUAUUCUCUUCUGGGUGGCGCGAUUCCGACCACAAUUCUGAGAGCUUUUUUCUAUCUUCUUAUUUGCUUUGAAGUUGCAUCUGUGCUUGAGAUUUCGGUAGCACCGGAAGAGGAACGGGCGGAGCAGAUUUUUAUUGUUGCUGUGGUUUACACUGCACUUAUCAUUAUUAAAACAAUUUUUGAAGCGCUUGGAAGACUCUUCAUAGCACUUUUUGGUCACGGAUUUUGUUCGUACAUGAGGCUAACAAUGUUCAGAAAGAUAAUGCGACAAGGAUGCGCUUAUUUCGAUGAGCAGAGAAACAGUCCUGGUAGAAUUUUACAUAAAAUUAUAAACGACUCUUCAAGCUUGAACAAAAUCUUGGAGGCAAAAUUGGACCUACUGAUUCCGGCUAUAAUUUGUCCAGCGUUCUCCUUUUUUGCUGCUAUGUAUAUAAAUUGGAAAAUGGCUUUAUUAUGUUCUUUCCAAUUCCCCGCAUACUUCAUUAUUCGAAUUGUUCAAAUCAAGGAAGGAAGUAAGAGGCAGAGGGAAAUGGUGAAUGAGGAAAAUAAUGCUGCAAAUCUGGCUACAGUGGUACUCUCGAACAUGAGUACGAUUAAAGCAUACAAUCUACAAGAACAUUUCUAUUCGAUUUUCACUGAAACUCUACAACCACUUGCUCGGGCAAUGGAACGACAAUCGGUAAUCUCUUCUUUUGUGUUCGCUUGUCAGUUCUCAUUCACAUACAUUCUUAUCGCAAUGACACUGUACUUUGGAAAAGUGAUGAUGCUCAACAACGAAAUUACCGUAUUCGACUACAUGAGGGUGGUCCUCCUAACACAGUUCGGUGCGAACUUCUUCUCUCAGCUGGUAGCUUCUGUUUCGGAUUUGUCCAAAGCUCGUGUGGCCGCUGAAAACGUGGUUGCUGUUCUGAAGGAGACAUCUAAAGACAUCGACAAUCUUAGUGAAGAAGGACAACGACCUAAGUUAGAAGGCGCCAUCACUCUCAGCAACGUUUCGUUCCGCUACCCAACUCGACCUGUAGUCCCGAUUCUUAACAAAUUGAAUCUAAAGAUCAAAAAAGGUCAGUCAGUUGCAAUAGUAGGUCCGUCGGGUUCAGGAAAAAGUUCAAUAUUUGCACUAAUCCAGAGAAUGUACAAUGCAACAGAUGGAGAAGUGCUUUUGGACAAAUACAAUGUUAACUCGAUCAAUCCAGCUUAUUUGAGAAGAGUGGUGGUUGGUGUUGGACAAGAGCCAACACUAUUUUCGUUCACAAUAAAGGAAAAUAUCGCAUAUGGUAUGAUGGAAAGUGAAGUGAAUAUGGAGAAAAUAAUUGAAGCAGCAAGAAUAGCUAAUAUCCAUGAUUUUAUAUCAAAACUUCCACAGGGUUAUGACACGGAAAUUGGUGAAUUUGGUGCACAACUGUCUGGAGGUCAAAAACAACGUAUCGCUAUCGCUAGAGCAAUUGUUCGAAAACCAGUCAUUCUUCUUCUGGAUGAGGCAACAGCAGCUUUGGAUAGUACAAGCGAAAAGGCUGUUCAAUUGGCUUUUGAAAAAGCUGGAAAAACUUGCACAUGCAUACAGAUUGCACACCGAUUAUCCACUAUUCGAAAUGUGGAUAAAAUCUUUGUCGUCAAAGAUGGUGCUGUUGCAGAGGAAGGCACUCACGAUCAACUGAUUAAUAAACGGGGAAUUUACUACGAAAUGACUAAAUCAGCUUAUCUCGUAUGUCAAUUCGUGUGGCACCCAUAUAUUGAGCUUCUUCUUGAGACCAGCCCUAUGGAAAUGGUUCCAAACGGUAUUCAGGCUAAUCUUCAGUCGUUGGGCGAUAGAAUACAGUGCUCACGUGACGGUCGACUUGACAAUUUCCAUGAUUUUAUCGACAUUCUCGACGAUUGGCCUAUCAGAGUGUCCUUCAACUUCGACGUUCAUAUUACCGGAACGGAAUCGUUGAAACCAGCGGUUUGA